AUGAGGAUGUUUGAAGAAUAUGGUUAUGUGGUUAGAGUUGGUCCAAACGAUCUAGUUAUAUUUCACCCGGAGGCCAUGGAGCUUCUUGAUGGCUCAAAAGCAACCCACACAAAAGAGCCAUGGUAUGAUAUUUUGCACCCGAUGACAUCUUUGGUAUUUGAGCGGGAUAAAGAAGAAUCGCACUUCUGA